CUCCGUUAGUCACGUAGUUAGGUAAGACCUCUAAAUACAUGCAUACAUUCGCCCUCAUUUACCCCGUGAUUUACCUUGACGUUUACGCCGUUUAUGGAUAUCAUCAAAUGUCAUUUACAGGAUGCUUGUAAAAUCAAUGAGCUUGAUGUUUCAAUGCCGAUUAAAGCGUCUACCGCUUUAUCCGAGGAGAGGGUUACAUAACCUGAAAAUACUACCGUCUGGAAGCCGGUUAGAUGCUAUUGGACCUCCAGACCCAGUUUCAAAUUUGAGACCCAUUAUUUUUGCGAUACCAGACAAGGAAACUGAACUUGAAAGAUGUUACAGAAGGGCGAGAGAAUCAGCACAGGCUUGGAAUCAGGAGUUCUGGACAAAGCAUAAUGCCAGUUUUAUAUUGGAGCGAAAACAGUUUCAAGAGAAUCGCAAGCAGGCUGGAAUCUCAUCAUUGACUGCAGAUGAAAUGUCCGUGUUUUACAAGCAAUUUUUGGAUAAGAAUUGGCAAACCCAUCUCAAUUACAAUAUCUCAUGGUACAAAAAAAACAUUAUGAUACUGAUUUUGGAAAUCAGAGUAAAGUUGUCAAGACUUGGAAGAUAGUAGUGGUUAUAACACUGAUAUUUGUAAAUAGGAAUUUUAACUUGUCCUGUGCUGUAAAAUAAAUGUAAAUUAAUUAUUCUUAAUAUUA